AUGUACGAAAAGUUAGAGCGCCUCUGGGAGACUAUAACACUGCCAUCUAUGAACAGUUUUAGCUACUGUCUUCAGAAGAGGUCUACGAAGCUGCGCAUUGUGAUAUGUACGAGUGCUGCGCGGUUGCUCUUGGAACUUUUUACUCAGAAUGAAAGUAACAUAGCAAAAGCACUAGGCCGUCAGAUUCGGGUGGACAUCCUGCAUCUGAUCUACGGAUUCGGCAUAGCCUGGUCGGCAAUUGCACUACCGGUUCUCAUUGACUCAGGAGGCUCAGGAAACGUCGGCGGCAACGGCACCGUCAAUGGCACAGACAAUGGCACCAGUGUUGAUUCUGGAGACUCCAGCGAUCAAAAGCUUACCAUCACCCUGGAACAAGGCUCCUGGCUCGCCGCAGUACUGUAUAUCUCUGCUGUGCCACCGAUGGUUAUUUUCAGUUACAUCUGCGAGAGGUUCGGCCGCAAAAUGUGCGGAUAUCUCAUCGGCAUCCCGUACGUCCUCAGCGCCGUCCUCAUGGCCUUCGCUUCGUCCUUCGCAGUCAUCCAAGUCUCCAGAGCGCUGCUGGGGAUCGGGUCCUCGGGCAUCUUCGUCCUCGCGCCUCUGUACGUCGCGGAGACGGUCGAGGACGCGAUUCGAGGACGGCUCGGAGCGUUCGUCACCCUCAUGAGGAACGUCGGCAUCCUCCUCACCUACCUGUUGGGCACGUUCUUGACCUACAAGCAGUUUGAGUACGUGUCGAUCAUCCCUCCCGUGCUGUUCGUGGUGAGUUGGUACUGGAUGCCCGAGUCUCCGAUGUUUCUGCUUCGGCAGAACAAGGUCGCCGAGGCGGAGAAGGCGCUGCGAUGGUUGAGGGGAGGGCGCGCGGACGUGCUGGGCGAAUUAGACAAGAUGCAGGCGUCGCUGGCGGCGAUGAAAUCGGAAGGCGCUCGUUCGGCCACCCUGCGAGACCUGUUCGCGACGCGCGGCUCUCGCAAGGCGUUUUUCAUCGGCCUGCUCAUGAGCUGUAACCAACAGCUGUGCGGUUUCUUCGGUGUCGUCAGCUACACGUUCAUGAUCUUCGGGGAGGCCUCUCCGGCCCUCAAGGAUUGGUCCAAUGUCAUCGUCGGAGCAAUGUUGGUGAUUGGAAUUGCAGUGAGCAUGAUGAUCUACGACAAGAUCCGUCGGAAAGUUCUUCUCCUGCUCUCCAAUUUUAUUAUGAUCUCUACUUUACUCACGUUGAGCGUUUACUUCUAUCUCAAACAUCACGGUCACGAUGUGUCGCAAUUCGGUUGGUUACCGCUAACCGCAAUGUCCGGCUACGUGCUCGGUUAUAGUGCAGGAGUAGCAGCAUUGCCCAUAGUAAUUUUAACGGAAAUUUUCUCUCCCAAAAUAAGAAACAUCGCUCUUACCACUAAUGGUAUGUUUACGUGGUUCAUCAUAUUUCUUGUAACUAAGACGUUUCCUAUGAUGACAGAAGAAAUUGGAUUUCACGGGGCAUGCUGGUUCUAUAUGGCUUGGUGCUUUUUGGGAGUGUUCGUUAUCAUACGAAUUUUACCAGAAACUAGAAAUAGAUCUCUGGAAUCUAUACUCAACGAACUAGAAUAUGGAAAGAAGAAGCUCAACAAAACGUCUUCUCAAAAUGUUGCUGCGUUCGAUGAGUUUCCGACUUUAACAAAUAAUGAGAAGAAAGAAAAUCUUUGAUGAUGGACUCCUCAAUAGAAUUUCAAUAUAUAGGAUAAAGGAACAAUUUUAAUCAUGACAAUUUUCUUCUCAGUUACAAUAAUUCAUUUUACCAAGACAAAAUUCUGUAAGUUUUUCCUAUACAGACAAAUGGGAGAAAAAUAAUGGUUUAUUUAGGCUGUAUAUUUUCAGAACUAUCUAUUCCUUCGCACCUGGAAUUAAAAUUUUUAACGUAAAAAACAAAAAUAUUAGCGAGAUGAAAUAACUUAAGUAAUCAUUAUAAAAAAUUAAACGGUUAAUUGCUAAAUGACACGAAUAGUUGCUCCGACAUUGACCUGCAUGUACAACAAAGAACAAUCGAUUGCAAUGCGACUCGCACUCUGAACCUAACGUACAGGACGCAAAGAACCCACAAAGAAUGCGACCACGUGACCCGAAGAUGACGCACCAGCCAGAUACUACCUCACGCGAGGUCAACAGCUCCUCUAGGGAGCGUCCGCGACAAAAAGAGCGUUUCCUCCGAAUGCGGUCAUGAGCGAUAGCGCUGACCCGAACUGGGCGAUAGUCCGUCCGCCCGUCACGAGCUGCAGCAGGCUGACCGUCGCCCGCCCGUAGUGGUUUCGCUCGCUCGGUCGGCGCGCAUCGCCCCGAUAACCGCCCGGCGCGGAGCAGCACGGGCGUGCGGAAGGCACCCGCCGACCCACGCCACGUCCACCGCCGACGCCGAGACCGACGUCGCAGUAGCCAUGGAGCUGGAGGAGCGGCAACCGCUGCUGACGCCCGCCCCGGGCGCCAAACGCCCGCGGGACUGCGGGGCCGGCAGGGCGCGCCAGUUCGCCGCCGCUUUUACAGUUGACAUCAUGGCGCUGGCGUUCGGUCUGGGGAUGGGCUGGUCGUCCACAGCUCUUCCCUUGCUGAUGUCGGAAGCGUCGCCUCUGCAUUCCGGGCCCAUCACAAAAACCGACGCGUCGUGGCUCGCAUCUAUUCUGUGCAUCAUGGGCACCAUUGCAACCCCCAUGUACCAUUACAUCUGUGAACACUAUGGACGUAAAGCAUGCGCUUUCGCAACAGUACUGCCAGGAAUAAUCAGUAUUCUUCUUUUAAUCUUCGGUGAGACCGUGGAAAUGUUGUACGUGUCAAGAGGUCUAAUUGGUGCCUCCUUUGCAGGAACUUUUAUAUACUGCCCUAUUUAUGUAACUGAAUUAGCGGAGAAAGACAUACGAGGUUCUCUAGGUGUGGUUAUCAUGCUUAUGAGAAACAUUGGCAUACUUUUUUCGUAUAUAAUCGGAUCCUACUUUUCUUUUCACACUGUUUCGUGGUUGUGUUUAGGGCCACCGGUCAUCUUUUUAUUUGCUUUGUUCUGGUUGCCAGAAUCACCUGUUUAUUUAGCUAGACAAGGUGAAUAUGAAAAGGCAGUUAUUGCCAUGAAACAUUUCAGAGGAAAAAAUGUAAAUGUACCAGAAGAAAUUGAAGUUUUAAAAAAUGCAUUAAAUGAAAUGCAAUCAGGAGGAAAUGCCCCAGCAACUUUGCUCGAAUUGCUCUCCAACAAAAUUGCAACCAAAGCCUUAUUUAUGACAUUUAUUCUCUUCUCAAAUCAACAAUUAUGUGGUUUUUAUGGUAUAGUGAGUUACACUGUUAUGAUAUUCAAAGAAUCCGGUAGUUAUCUAUCUCCAAACACAUGUUCAAUUAUCGUUGGUUUUAUGCUAUUUUGCGGUACAGUUUUGUCAAUAAUUCUCUGUGACUUGACAGGAAGGAAAAUUUUACUAGUAGUAUCCGAUUUCCUCAUGGGAUCUGUCUUAAUCAUUAUUGCCAUAUAUUUUUUCAGUAAAUCUAGAGGAUAUGAUAUUGAAGAAUUCAACUGGGUACCUGUAACAUGUUUAUCCAUAUAUGUAAUAGCCCUAAAUGUGGGUAUUGCCUCUUUACCUGUGUUAAUAGCUACAGAACUUUUCUCACCAAGAUUUACCAGUUUAGCUAUGACAAUUACAGCACCAAGUACGUGGAUGUUAACUUUUUUUGUGACUAAAUAUUUUCCAUUAGUGUCUGAACAUAUUGGUAUCCAUGGAUCUUGCCUCGUAUUUGCUGUAAUUUGUAUAGCAGGUGGUAUAUACAUAGUUUUGUGUGUUCCUGAGACAAAAAAUAAAUCGCUUCAAAUGAUAUUAGGAGAGUUGGAAUCAAAACAAGGCACUACUUUCAACAACAGGAUUCUUAGUAAAGACAAAGUUGAAGCAUCAGAGAGAAUGUCUUAGUGGCAUUACAAUCCACUUUGCAGACAAAUAAAUUGUCUGUAAAUAUUACAAAACACACUCUCCUGUUCUGUGAUAUCAAGAAAAAAAUUUGUUAUGAAAAAAAACAAGAAAAAUAAAAGAAAAUUUCACCUGAUUAAAGUGAUAUUAUAUAUUAGUUGUUAUUUUUAUUGUAGUCUGUAUUAAUGUAACGUUAUUUAAGUUACUCCACAGGAUUUCAAUUAAAGAAAACAUUUUAAAAUGUAAAUGUUUCUUUUCAUUAUUUCUUUUUACUGUUUAACAAUGUGCUUAAAACAUUUAUCUUAUAUUAAAAUAUGAUACAGUAUUAUGUGAAUUACAUAAUUUCAAAAAAUGCCAGCAAAGACAAAAACAAUUUGCACAAAUAAUCUUCACACAAAUGUCACUUUUAUUCUUUUCAGUAUAAUACUUCACCAAUGAAAAUUAACUGUAUUGUGACAGUUAAAGAUUUAAGAUUAGCAUCUAGAAUUUAAAAACCAAAAGAAUAAUGUAGUAAUGUUAAUUCUAUUACAUAAAAUAUAUAUUCACGUUUUCAUGACCACAAUUAGUGACUCAAUAACAUUGAAAAAUAUUAACCAAAUUUAAUUUUGUACAUAUACAAUUUUUGUAAUACUAUUGUAAAGUUUAUGCUUUAAUUUAUUGCUGAUCUUGUUUUUUUUUAUUUCCUUAAUAAAUAUAUAUUUUUAUGAAUA